AUGAAGAUAACUGUAUAUAACAGUGUUAUUGAUAAAAUGUUAAAUGGCAUCAAAGUUCGUUUCAAUCAAGAUACAUUCAAUUUAAUAGAUAGUUUUAGUAACUUAUUAAAACUAGAAAUAGAAAAAAAGCAUACACAAACUAUUUCUGAAAAAUUUAGUUUAUCUUUUGAUCAACUCGACAAUGAAGUGAGAUUGUUUACACAAAUAGAUGACAUACCAAGAGGAAAUUUCCGAUCAAAUGACGCUGGUGGAAGCGGUGGUGAUCCUAUGCGCAGGGGCAGAUCCAUAGCAAGGCGUUAUAAUGGAUUUACUCCCUAUUCGAAAGCCGAUGUAAAUUCAUCAUGGACCCAUGAUAUGUAUGAAGGACCUAAAAGACAGCAAAUUAGAGGUGGUCUUUCAACUACUAAUAUUCAUAAAAUUAUUAUAUCAAACUUGGACUUUGGAGUUACAUCUACAGAUAUACAGGUAAUAUUCAAUGAGUUUGAUCCAUUGAAAACUGCAGCAGUUCACUAUGAUAGAUCUGGUAGAUCUUUGGGAAUAACUGAUGUUGUAUUUGACAGUAAAAAUGCCGCAUUAAAAGUAGUAUGUCAAUAUAACAAUGUACCGCUUGAUGGUCGCCCUAUGAAAAUUGAACUUGUAACUGAUUUUUCAACUGUUGCCAACCUUGCUACUCGUCUCAGUAGACCAGCACCAUUGCCUGAACGAAGUAUUCGUGGUGGAGUAAGAAGUAACCGGGAAAACCUUAGAAAUAUCCGUGGUAACUCCAAAAGACGUGGCGGUAGAGGUGGCAGGAAUAGCGAAAAGAAAAUGCCAAACAAAGAUGAAUUAGAUGCACAACUUGAUAGAUAUAUCAAAUUUAACAAAAACAAGAAUAAUUGA